GCACUCCCAACUCCCAAGUCCCAACAAGAAAAACCCUACAAAAAUUGCAUAUCCUUCUUUUGUUCCGCAGAAGCAGAAUAUCAAGUCUCAACUUCAAAACCGAAAGAUGAGAAGACCCAAAUCGAGAGGCGUACGCAAGCAACACCGGAAUUUGGAAGUAGAAGAAAUCGAGCUUCUUAACCAAUGGAUCGACUCCCAGAAGCCUAACUCGGGCUCCAACCCUUUGUCGCUUGAACCACUGGAGAAGAACUUACCUGUGGGCCGCUUCGUCAAUGACAAUGGGGUCGUGGCGUUCUCCCGGUAUGCGGGGGCGAGGAAGUUCUAUCAGCUGCCAAUAUCGAAGAAGACGAAAGAUGGUUUAAAGGAGGCCAAGUAUAUCAAUAUGACUGAUAUUCAGGUUGCUUCUUUGCCACAUGCGCUUUGUGGGCGGGAUAUUCUCGGGGCUGCAAAGACUGGGUCGGGGAAGACUCUGGCUUUUGUUAUUCCGGUUCUAGAGAAGUUGUAUAGGGAGAGAUGGGGUCCUGAGGAUGGGGUUGGUAGCAUCAUAAUCUCUCCCACAAGGGAGUUGGCCGGUCAACUUUUUGAUGUAUUAAGAGAGGUUGGGAAGCACCAUAAUUUUAGUGCUGGUCUCUUAAUCGGUGGUCGCAAGGGUGUUGACACAGAGAAGGAGCGGGUUAAUGAGCUGAAUUUUUUAGUUUGUACCCCUGGUCGUCUUCUGCAGCACAUGGAUGAGACUCCAAAUUUUGAUUGUUCUCAACUUCAGGUUUUAGUCCUUGAUGAGGCAGAUCGUAUUCUUGACAUUGGAUUCAAGAAGACUUUGAAUGCAAUUGUUUCACAACUACCUAAGCCUAGACAGACCUUGCUUUUCUCGGCUACACAGACAAAGUCAGUUCAGGACCUUGCAAGACUCAGUUUGAAAGAUCCAGAAUAUCUUGGUGUACAUGAGGAAUCUGUUACAGCCACUCCAAAUCGAUUGCAGCAAACUGCUAUGAUAGUUCCGCUUGAUGAAAAAUUAGAUAUGUUGUGGAGUUUCAUAAAGGCGCACUUAAAUUCAAAGAUUCUUGUGUUCCUUUCAAGUUCCAAGCAGGUAAAAUUUGUCUUUGAAGCAUUCAAGAAAUUGCGUCCUGGUAUACCUUUGAAGUGUCUUUAUGGAAGGAUGAACCAAGAGAAAAGGAUGGGAAUUUAUUCCCAGUUCUGUCAGACACGCUCUGUUCUCUUCUCAACUGACGUGGCCUCACGAGGCCUUGACUUUAAUAAGGCAGUUGACUGGGUUGUACAGGUGGACUGUCCUGAGGAUGUUGCAUCCUAUAUACACCGAGUUGGUAGAACUGCUCGCUAUCUCUCUGGAGGAAGGUCAGUUUUAUUUCUGGCACCUUCAGAAAUGGAGAUGCUUGAAAAAUUAAAAGCUGCAAAAAUACCUAUACAAUUCAUUAAGGCAAAUAAAAGAAGGCUGCAACCAGUUUCUGGAUUGUUGUCUGCUUUACUAGUCAAAUAUCCAGAUCUGCAGCAUGUAGCUCAGAGGGCCUUCAUUACGUACUUGCGGUCUAUUCAUAUCCAGAAAGACAAGGAGGUUUUCGAUGUGACAAAACUUCCUAUUGACGAAUUUUCAGCAUCACUUGGUCUACCAAUGACCCCCAAAGUCAAAUUCUUGAACCGGAAAGCUAAGGGCAAAAUGUUAUCAGGAAAAUCUUCUCUACCUGAAUCAGAAAUUUCUGACGAGGAUGAUGCAACUGCCAUUUCCCGGGAGGAUCUUUUUGCAGAUGAUAUCAAAGAGGACAACCUGGACAAGGUUGAAAAAGAAUUGCUUCUAACAAAGGAUAACCAGAGCAGGGACGGGGAGAAAGCAGAUGAUAUUGGAGCUUUAGUGCCAGGAACUCGGAUUUUGAAGAAAAAGAAGUUGAAGAUUAAUGUUCAUAGGCCUGCAGGAACGAGAGUUGUAUUUGAUGAGGAAGGCAACACACUGCCUCCACUGGCCAUGGUGGCUGACAUAAAUAGUGGUGACAUUCUGCUUGAUCAAGUUAAAAAGGAUGAGUACUACAAGAAGAUGAGGGAAGAGUUGAAGCAGGUAGACAAGCAAGACAAGCUUCUUGACCGUCAACGACGCAGGGAGAAACGGAUCAAGGAGAAGAUGAAGUUGAAGAAGGCGAAAUUGGAAGAAGAGAACAAUGAAGAGGGAGAAGAUGAUCUUUCUGGUUCAGAAGCAGAGGCAGAUGCACAAAGGAAACCCAAGAGGUCAAAGAUAUACUUUGAUAGUGAUAAUGAUGAUGGCGAGGCAGAAAAAAGUAGGGAUGACAAAGAUCUCAAAGCUGAUUCCAUAUCUGUGGCAGAGCAAGAGGAACUGGCUCUUAAGUUAUUGAGCUCAAUGCACUCAUAAGUUACCGUGAACUAUGUUCUUUUCUACUUAAGUUCAUUUACCUUACCUCCUUUUUUUCCUUUUUUCUUUUUUCGAAAUGAGAAAUUCCAUCAAAACAUUUUAAAACGGUGAAUUCAAAGCCAUUUGCUUUUCCUAAUGAAGUAAGCAUUCUACA